CAAGUAAAAUGCAUUAGCUGGUGCAUCCGGGGGAGUGAGGCUGGUGUACUUUUUGAAGAGUCGCACGAAGCAGCGCUCCGGAUUCACAAGCCCCCAGGAUGGUUCUUCGAGAUGUCCUCCUGGUAUUUCAAGGAAGCUCUUUCCACUGCCUGUUCGAUGAGCUGAAUCUGGGGUGGGGAGCGUCGUAGCUGCCGAUGUUCCCGGCCGCUCCGCAGCGCG